AGGAAAAAAUAUGUAUUGGAUCAAGUGAAUAAGGUGUAUAACCUGUAGUAAGCACUGUACCAGUGGAUAUCAGGAGCGAAAAGUAUAUAUUGAUGUCAAUACUGACAUCAAUCUGAGGCAAAUUGAUUGAUUUGAGGAGAAAGCCUUGUUGCCGUGACAACGCAGACACUUCGUCAUGGCGUCCCUGUUAACAGAUCCGCUGUUUGAAAUCUCUGGACUGGGCCCUCCGCCCAACAAGAACUUUUAUCAUUUUGCCGUCACCAAGUCAGAUGUGAUAUGGAGAUGGUGGAAGAUAUCCCUGAGAACUGUAGACAGGGGCUCCAAGCCUGGGGAGCUGAGGGAGUCUCACCAGGACUUCUUGGAUGACACUUGCUUGCAUGGAGAUGUCACUAUGGUUUUUGGUCGUCAAAUGUUGCAGUACGCCAAGGCUUUGUGCCAGGGCUAUUAUGAUUAUCUGGAGCGCCUGUCUGACGCCUUACUUCUGCGGAUAAUAAAUUAUCUAGAGCUAGAGGAUGUGGGUCAGCUUGGACAAACGUCACACAGGUUCAGGCAGCUAUGUGGGUCAGAGAAGUUUUGGGAGCAGGCAGUGCGGCGGUGCUGCAACACAGUUUCGGCUGAGGUGGCAUCUCUGGCGCUUGAGGUUGGCUGGCGCAGCAUCUUCUUCACCAGCAAGCUACAGCUGCAGAAGUUGAUCAGCCGCAGGAGGCUGAAGGUCGAAGUGCAACAGGAAAGACAGGUCUCUGACCCAGAUACAAAGGCGGAGGAAUCUCUUGAUGAAAGCUCAGAGACAAACCAAACAUCCACUUCUGAUGAGGAAUCUCACCCUGGCAUUGUUCCCGAUCUAAGCCUUGGCACUGAUACCAGCUCCUGCUGUAACGUUGACUUUGACCCCGAACCAGAGGCUGACUCUGAUUCCAGAGUCCCAGAGCAGAACAGUGCACUGAGCGAAUGGUAAAGGAGACUGCAGUGCAGAGCCUACUGUUGUAUUGAUAUGCCAUUUAUACACAUUCCUCAUCCCAAAAUGAGUUGUGUAUCGGAAGAAUAUUAUCUUUUAUUUGUCAAAUGUAAAAUUAUUUUUUUCAUGUUUGUUUGAUAUGAUUAUUGAGUUGUCAAUCCUCUGCAGGAUAUUUUGGGACAUUUUCAUUGGUUUGUCCAUUGUGCCAUGACUUUUGUGACUUAGUGAACAUUAAUAACACCAAUAGAAAACUACAACAGGACACUGUAGCAUGUAAUCAUUGUUCCUUGUAAUAUGGAAGUUGUUAUGUACAAUAUUUGCCACUUUAGGAUGAGACUCAACUUUACCUGAGGGGACAAAAAUAAUGAAACACUUAACUUUAAUUAGGUGGCUUCACGUAAUUAAUAUGCAUGUACUGUAAUAAGGAAGUUAUGAUAAGUUGUUUUUGUGGCAGGUGAGUUAACCACCUCCCGUGACCCUGUACACAGGAUAAGCGGUUGACGAUGGAUGGAUGGAGUUAACCACCUGAUAUAAAUAAAGAUAUUCUAGAUCCAGAA